AUGAUCGAUCCGGCACUUCGCUUUAAUAAGCUUCGAGUAUACGUUGAACACACUUCAGCUUCGCCCAGUAUACUCAAUCUUGUUUCAUCGUCCCGAAAUUUACACAAAAUGAGUCUGUAUCAUAUCAGUCUUCCAUGUACCAACUUGAAAGCAUCAGAAGAGUUCUACGCAACCGUAUUAGAGCCUUUAGGCUAUAGAACGUACCUUCAAACUCGUAACAAGACUUUCUUUAGACCAAGCUGGUCGUUUCGCCCUGAACUUUCCUUAAGACGUGAUAGAUCUUGUGGGCCAAUUGGAGGUACUCGUAUCACCAGUCAUGCAACAUCCAGAUCACAAGUCGACAGAUUUUAUGUUCUCGGACUAGCCAAAUCUAACAACAUCCAAAGCGGAGAGAUAAACGAUUAUCCACAUGCCUGUACAGCUUCUAUCGUCGACUUUGACGGCAAUGUCAUUGAAGCGAUUUAUUUGAAAUCAUGGGGGCCCAAGGUCAUCACCCCGUUUCCAAUGACUCCCGCAGCGAUCUUUGGCGCGCUUUACCUGACAGUUGCUUCUUCUAUCUUCAAAAUACUUGGAGGGUGGUACUAUUUUAUCUUCAACACAAUAGGGAUAUUGAUGAUUGCAGAUCUUGUUUAUGUGCAGCUUGAUUCGGAGAGUUCAACACAGAGAUUAGAAGAUUCUGGACUGCUGAGCCUUGAAAAACGAGACAAAGCGUCGAGGGCUAGGCUAGCAUCUAGAGAUGUGGAUUGAACUUUGGGAAAUUUGUACAGAGAUCUGAAGAUUUUGGUCGGUUAACGGCGACUUAUAUCAAGCGAUUCAAUGCACUUCCAUGUCUAUUUGUGCGUAACUGACAGAGUGCAUGAUUUUCUUACAGUCACAAUAUUCUUCAAUGAUCUAGCAAAGCCUCAAUUCAAGUACCAAAUCUACGAUACCCUCUAUAUUCAUAUUUGAAGUCUGAAUAUAGAAAUGUUAUUUGAGCUAAUCUUGGCACUCGCAUAUCAUGACAUCCAAGAUUUGAGUUGCGCGCGCUAGAGACGCCAUUGACGGGAAAUACCCAUCUAGUAUCACACUACUACUAGCUUCCACAGUGGAUCCAUGAUAUGUGUUAUUGACAUAAGCAAUCCAUGAUAUCAUGCAUUUGUGCUAAACCAGUUUGUCAACUACAUAGC